GGCUGAGCUGGGCUUGCGCCGGGCCCCGCCUGAUGCUCGGGCCGCCGCCCGCGGUCUGGGCUUGUCGAGCUCCGCGUGCGGAGCUCGCGCAGGCUACGCGCGCGGGCGCGUCGAGCUGGGCGCGAUCCGCACCGCGCGGGCCGCUGUCGUCGGCAGCCUGGUCCCCGCCCCGCUGCGAAGGGAGAGAGGCCGCGCGGUCUCGCGCGCUGCCCUUGCCCGCAGCGUUGCCGACCGCAAGUUCCAUGGGCGGCUGGCGGGGGCCGCGGGGCGCGAUGCCCGCGGGCUGAAGCACGCCGCGCCCGUCCAGUUCGGGCGUGUCGCGGCGUGGCCGCCGCGAGCUCCUGCGGGCGGUGGUCCACUGGUCCACGACGCCGCGGUCGCGCGCCGCGCGGGUCUGCGCCGCCGCGCGGCGCGCGCCGGCCCGCGCGCCCCCGCGUCAGCCGCGGGCCGCGCGCUAGCGGACGUCGGAGCCGAGGGCCCCCGCGAGCGCGAGACGUUUGGCGCUUGUGGGCUGCCCUCCGUGCAGGGCAG